GCUAGGAUGAGGGGCAUCCUCUGCUUCUGCACGCUGGUCCUGCUGGAAAGUAUGGCAGAAGCUGUCGGCUCGGGCAGGGACUGCCUUCAAGCAGGAGAGUCCUGCACCAAUGACCCCAUCUGCAGCUCCAAGUUCAGGACCCUUCGGCAAUGCAUUGCGGGCAACGGAGCCAACAAGCUGGGCCCCGAUGCCAAGAACCAGUGCCGGAGCACGGUGACAGCCCUGCUCUCCAGCCAGCUCUAUGGCUGCAAGUGCAAGCGAGGCAUGAAGAAGGAGAAGCACUGCUUGAGCGUCUACUGGAGCAUCCACCACACACUGAUGGAAGGUAUGAAUGUGUUGGAGAGUUCUCCUUACGAGCCAUUCGUCAGAGGCUUUGAUUACGUCCGGCUGGCAUCUAUCACCGCAGGCUCCGAGAACGAGGUGACCCAGGUGAACCGGUGCCUGGACGCCGCCAAAGCUUGCAACGUGGACGAGAUGUGCCAGCGGCUGCGCACGGAAUACGUCUCCUUCUGCAUCCGGCGCCUGGCCCGGGCCGACACCUGCAACCGCUCCAAGUGCCACAAGGCCCUGCGCAAGUUCUUCGACCGCGUGCCGCCCGAGUACACCCACGAGCUGCUCUUCUGCCCCUGCGACGACACGGCGUGCGCCGAGCGCCGGCGGCAGACCAUUGUUCCUGCCUGCUCCUACGAGUCCAAGGAGAAACCCAACUGCCUGGCACCUCUGGACGCCUGCCGGGAAAACUACGUCUGCAGGUCACGYUAUGCAGAGUUCCAGUUUAAUUGUCAGCCAUCCCUGCAGGCUGCAACUGGUUGCAGGAGGGACAGCUACGCUGCCUGUCUGCUGGCGUACACGGGCAUCAUAGGUAGCCCCAUCACACCCAAUUACAUCGACAACUCGACUUCGAGUAUAGCUCCGUGGUGCACAUGCAAUGCCAGCGGCAACCGGCAAGAAGAGUGUGAGAGCUUUCUGCAUCUCUUCACCGACAACAUCUGUCUCCAAAAUGCCAUCCAAGCCUUUGGUAAUGGGACCUACCUGAACGCAGCUGUGGCCCCAUCCAUCCCUCCCACAACACAGAUGUAUAAGCAGGAGCGAAAUGCCAACAGAGCUGUGGCAACCCUCAGAGAGAACAUCUUCGAGCAGCUCCAGCCCACCAAGGUGGCCGGAGAGGAGAGACUCCUCAGGGGCUCCACUCGUCUGUCCUCGGAGAGCUCCAGCCCGGCAGCUCCCUCCCGCCUGGCCGGCUCCCGGCUGCAGAUGUGGCUCUUCCCAGCUCUCGCCGCGGUGCCCAGCCUGUUUUGGAUGUGAAGCAGGCGCCAGGCAGUGACUCUCUUCGUGUCGGUUCCUUGGAAAAACAACCAGACAAGUCACUUUCUCUGGGGGGAGGGAGAAGCGGUGGGAUGGGAAGGAGAGGUGAGUGUGUAGGCAUCCCUUCCUCCCCCUGAUCCGCCUGCCAAUUUAUUUGAUUUUUAUGAAAUCAGCAUCAUUGAAACCAGCUCAUUCUUGGUCCUGGCCACUUUUCCACUCCACAGCUUGGUUGUUGUCUCUCCAGCUCUCUGCGGUUGAGUCAGAGCCACUGGCAAUUCCCUUGAAAAAGCUCAAAGGGGGAGUCAGGCCAAGGAAUGAGACCUGCAAAGGAAAUGUGUUUGCCUGCCCCGGACAAGAGGGGAAUGACUUUUGAUGGAUGAGCUGUCAGGAAGUCUCCUGAAGAUCUGACUCAUGGUGGGGGGCUUUUGGCAGGACACGUCAAGAGAUUUGUAGUUCAGAUGGUCUCCAAGGUUGCCCAGGACCUAAAGAGCAGCCCAUGUAGUUCAGACUGGAAAAAAAAACAGACACCCUGGUGGGAAGGCAGCUGAUUUUGUUCAUCAAAGAGGAUCCUGAARCACCUCUGGAGUGAAGCAAGUGGCCGUGGUGUGCAGAACUGGUUUGCUGGAUUCAUCCACACUUUGCAGACGUGGUCAGCAUGGAACUAGCGUGCAUCUCCAAGCUGUGACUUACCCCUUGGCCUUCCUUUUAGGAAAACAUGUGUCAUGUAUUGAUGGUGUUCAGGAAGAAACACGUGUGUUGUGUUUGGUUUAUGGCUAACUUUCUCACACCCCAACCCUAACACCUCUUUUAACUGGUCCUGAAAUUKGUCUGGGAUAUGGUUUGGAGUUUUUGGGUUUGUUUGUUUUGUGUUUUGGAGGGGUCACAUCUGAACAGCCAAAGGCUAAUAGGCUAAUACCAUUCAACUCCAAGCUAACCUUGCUCAGCACAGGAGAAACGUGCAGCUCCACAGGCAGCACUUGCUGCAAGGGCAACAUGAUCUCUUCUUGUGCGCUGCUUGUGCAUCUUGCAGAGAGACAAAAGAUUUUGAGCCAGAGGAAUCUCAUUAGCUACACAAUUAAGAGAAGAGCUAGAAAAAAGUUUGCCGUGCCCCCACUUGAGGAUGCAAAAUUCCAGCCAAUUUAUCCAAAGGCCAAAGCUCUCUAGAUGUUGUAGAUAGGGAGUGCGUUAUUAGCGUUCCCCUUGCUAAAGACUGGAAGGAGCAACUGAUUCUGAUUUUAAUGAGAAAUUCCUGGGGGCUUGGUCCAAUGUAAAUCCAUCUGUGUUUUCAAAUGAACACGUGUGGAGAUGUGAGAUGUGCUUAGAGAAUUUCCUGGCUACUUUUUCCUGAAGUUCUGCUCCAAGAGCCUCAGGGUUGUCCUACUCRAGGGCUGUGCAAAGGAUCCUGGAACAUCCCAAGAACCAUGUCGUGCUUGCAGAGAUACCAGGUCACACCUUGAAAUGACAUAUGCACGUGAAAUUUGCAGUUCCAAGAACAUCCCAGCAUUGUAAAAUGCAGCCAGGGAAGCAGCUCUACAGGGAAGGAGGUCUCUGACCUCCCUUCAAAGUGCCAUAGAUCUGCACUGAAUUGCCAUGAACGAUUCUCUUCUACAUGGGGCAUGGGUGUCCCCAUGGUUUCUGGAAGACCAUGAGACAUCUGUGAACUGAGCAACAAGACUAUUUGUUGCUCCCCUGUAAAACUUGUGUCCUCCAAGCCACAUAGGAGAAAGUGAUUAAAACCUGACUCAGCCCUUCAAAGGCAAGGAACUACCUCAGCAUCAUGAGGUCAUGCUGUGAAUUGCCUUCUUCUGUUGCUUUCCUUUAAAGCCCUGCACUCAUGCCCUGCUAUUCUACACACCUGACCCCAGCAAACUGGGUCUCCACCAGCCUUUAAUCUUGCACGAGCUGGCUGAGUUUUGGUGUAGGACCCACACUUAAGCAGCAGCUGCUGUUCAGGAGGACCCACUGCUGCAGUCUCUCACAAGUUCACCCUGGUGUCUCUUGUAACUCACUGAUGGUGAUGUUAAAAUGCCACUUUGCUGCUCCCUUCUGUGAUUGRCGGAGCCAGAAGCAACAGUUUUUCUUUCCCUGUUGUUCAGGAUAACCAGCAAACCCACCUCAGCUCUCCUCUAUGGCUGGCAGCCAUGAAAAAUAAAUGUGAGGAUUCCUAGACUAAGGGGAUGGAGGAGACCUCCAGAAGCUAUUGAGACCAUUACCCUUUCCCACUGCAGGGUCAAGGGUCUGUUAACGCUUUCUGGCAGAUAUCUCUCUAACCUGUUUUAACCAUUCUGGAGAGCAGAGAUGUCAUCAUCUCCCCAGGAUUUAUAUUUCAUAUCAGCAAUUCCUUAGGUUGUUAGGACUGCCUGUGAGCAUUGCAGGCCAAGGAGACCUUGAGCCCCAUUGCUGUCUCUUCUUGAGGCUUCCCUUUGAGGAGGAUGGCAGAGCAGCAGCUAAGGAGGAUGCAGAAAGUGACUGAUGGCCACCAUGGAUCACAUCUCAGAGGCUUUGCGUAUGAAGACCGAAACCAGCCCUCAUUCCUUUUCAAACCCAUCACAGACCGUUUUCCAGCUCAGUUCUCCUUGGUCAUGUCCGAGACUGAUAUCAUGAUGCCACCAAAGUUGUCUCUCCUCAAACCCUUGUGAGUGAUAGACUCCAGACUAAGGAGUCACUGAAUAAGUCCUAGCAGGGAAACCUUCAAAGGGUGCUAAGCAGCAAUGCUGGGAAUUGCAGUCAUUCGAGCUCUGUGGAAAUAAGCAACAAGUGACAACACUCUCUGCUGUAGGGUUUUCUCCAGCAUGCCCUUGUUUAUGGGACCUCAAAAGCACAUCUGCAGUUACGGUUGCGYAUCUGAAAGCAUUUCCUGUUCCUCAACCCUUGUUCUGAGCUGUAAGGUUGGAAACAGCAUCCUUCAAGCAAUGGUCUGUGCCAGCUCUUGCUCACAAAGUUGUGUGUUUGUAAAUCAAGGGGACAGGGCAUAGAGUAAAGAGCCUGUCAUUCCAUCAGGAAAGAGGUGAGGUUUGGAAUGGGUGGAAAUAUUGCAUCUGAUUAAAAAAAAAAGCAAGAAAAACCUGCAUGACUUUCUAUUGACCAUUUCACCCUUUUUGUCAAUAUUUAAUGACAAUCCUCUCGCAAAAGCCCAUUCACAAAUCAGAAUUUGCAAAAAAAAAAAAAAAAAAAGAAAAAAAUGUUUUUUGAGCAGUACACUUGCGUGCAGUUGCGUGUGUGUGUGCACACACCUAAACACACACGGAUCACUUCUUUUCCCUCAUGAGAAAUUGAUAUUCUUUUGUUGAAAGAUCAUGUCUGUUGAACUGUGUGAAGGAUCUUUCAUCCUCUAGAUUAACCACCGAGCUCAUGCAGCUGCUUGGGAAGCGCAAGGACUGAACAAGCCAGGAGAAAGGGAGACAACUUUUUAAUAAUUACUCCCUACCUGGGGACUUUCAUAAGCACAAAGAA